AGAACAGUUGUCCUCAGUUCCCCUAUAGUGGCCGGUUCGAGAAGAGCUGCCACAAGGGAAGACCAUUACAUCUUCCGACACGCGCUUGCGAACGUCAAUUAACGAUAUCAGCAAAUUACUAGUUCACUCAUCAUGUCGUAUUGCGUGCGAGUCCUUCGCGCACAGAGAUUGUCCUCUUUGGCAGUGGACAUACAGCAACGAUGCUUCAGUAUAAGUCCGCUAAGCUUCGCUGCUGCGAAGGUAGCGAUGUCAAAAUUUGAUUCGACGAGUUACCUACCUUAUAACAAACUGGACGAAAAUCUUAAAGUAGUUAAGAAGAGAUUAAAUCGACCGCUAACUCUGUCUGAAAAAGUACUCUAUUCCCAUCUCGAUGAACCUAACAAGCAAGAUAUUGUUCGUGGCACCAGCUAUCUGCGAUUGCGACCGGAUCGCGUUGCUAUGCAGGAUGCGACGGCGCAAAUGGCAAUGUUGCAGUUUAUCAGUUCCGGUUUACCGAAGGUCGCAGUACCUUCCACCAUCCACUGCGAUCACUUGAUUGAGGCUCAGAUCGGCGGUGAUCAAGAUUUGAAGCGCGCCAAGGACAUCAAUAAAGAAGUCUACAAUUUCUUGAAGACAGCAGGUGCAAAAUACGGUGUGGGCUUCUGGAAUCCCGGCUCUGGCAUCAUUCAUCAGAUUAUUCUUGAGAAUUACGCUUUCCCCGGUCUGCUGAUGAUUGGUACCGAUUCGCAUACCCCGAAUGGAGGCGGUCUGGGUUGCCUGUGCAUUGGUGUUGGCGGUGCCGACGCUGUUGACGUUAUGGCGAACAUCCCAUGGGAGCUCAAGUGUCCAAAAGUUAUCGGCGUGAAACUUACAGGAGAGCUCAAGGGCUGGACCAGCCCCAAGGAUAUCAUUUUGAAAGUGGCUGGUAUCCUCACGGUCAAGGGCGGCACCGGCGCGAUCGUCGAAUACUUCGGCCCGGGUGUCGACAGCAUCAGUUGUACCGGAAUGGCCACCAUUUGCAACAUGGGUGCUGAAAUCGGCGCCACCACUUCGAUCUUCCCAUACAAUUAUAGAAUGCAGGAUUACCUGAAGGCAACUGGACGUUCGGAAAUCGCAGGAGCCGCCGAUCAACACAAGGAAAGUCUGCUAACGGCCGAUUCUAACGCCAAGUACGAUCAGAUUAUCGAAUUAGAUCUUUCGACUUUGGAGCCGCACGUAAACGGACCUUUCACGCCAGACUUGGCGCAUCCGAUUUCGAAACUAGGUACAACAGCUAAGAAGAAUGGCUGGCCAAAUGAAAUAAAAGUCGGCUUGAUCGGUUCCUGCACCAAUAGCUCCUACGAAGAUAUGGGUCGAUGCGCGAAUAUCGCCAAACAAGCUCUAAAGCACGGUUUGAAGGCAACGUCAGCAUUCAACGUUACUCCUGGAUCUGAACAAAUUCGCGCAACAAUUGAACGCGAUGGAAUUGCUGAAACUCUUCGUCAAUUCGGCGGCACGGUACUUGCUAAUGCCUGUGGACCGUGCAUUGGUCAGUGGGAUCGUCAGGAUAUCAAGAAAGGAGAUAAGAAUACAAUCGUCACAUCGUAUAAUCGAAACUUCACUGGUCGAAACGAUGCCAAUCCAGCAACGCACGCGUUUGUUACUAGUCCCGAACUCGUUACUGCCCUUUCUAUUGCCGGUCGACUUGACUUCAAUCCAGUCACUGACAAGCUGAAGGGCAAGGAUGGAAAAGAAUUCCUGCUGGAGAAUCCAUACGGUGAUGAGUUGCCCAACCGCGGGUUUGAUCCCGGUAUGGAUACUUACGAUGCUCCACCAGCGGACGGUGGCAAAGUUAGAGUCGAUGUGGAUUCAAAGAGCCAAAGAUUACAAUUGUUGGAGCCCUUCGACAAGUGGGAUGGCAAGGACUUGGAAGACUUAACAAUAUUGAUCAAAGUCAAAGGCAAGUGUACUACGGAUCACAUUUCCGCGGCCGGUCCAUGGCUGAAAUAUCGUGGACAUCUUGACAAUAUUUCCAACAACAUGUUUAUUGGUGCCGUUAACGCUGAAAAUAGCGAGAUGAACAAGAUUAGAAACCAACUAACAAAUAACUGGGGUGCCGUGCCUGAUGUCGCUCGCGAUUACAAGAAGAAAGGCGUGAAAUGGGUGGCGGUAGGUGACGAGAAUUACGGUGAGGGUUCCUCCAGGGAGCACGCGGCCUUGGAACCGCGUCAUCUCGGUGGCCGCGCCAUCAUCGUCAAGAGUUUCGCUCGUAUUCACGAAACAAAUCUAAAGAAGCAGGGUCUCUUACCUAUGACGUUCGCUAACCCUGCCGACUAUGAUAAAAUUCAACCUAACGACAAGAUCAGUCUUCUGGGAUUGAAGGAUUUGGCACCUGGCAAGCCAGUAAAAGCGCAGAUCAAGCACAAAGACGGCAAGGUUGACAAUAUUAGUCUAAAUCACACUAUGAAUGAGCAGCAGAUCGAAUGGUUUAAAGCCGGCUCCGCCUUGAAUCGUAUGAAGGAAAUUUCGAGCGGACGAUAAGACAAUAUUAAAUAUUCACCCGAGUGUCACUCGAGAGGAUUAGCCGAUCAUCGUAACGCAUAGCGCAUUUGUGGAAAUGGAUAAAAUGUGCCGCGGAAUAAAGCAUGGUACAUACUGUAUAACAGUGGACUCAAUUGCUGAUGCGUUCGCUUCUGUUAUACAGUUGGAAACGUUGUUAUAUGUACAUAUUCAUCGCUAACAAGUCAUUUUCUAGCUGUUGAUUUAUUCUAGAAAAAUGUACUGUUUCGCCACUGUCGAGACUGUUUCGGUAAGAACUAAUAAACAACUAGACAGAAAAUGAUA